AGGCGGUCUCUUUGAUCGGACGUUUGAUUGGCGGAUUUUUCCGUAUCGCAAAUUACACGCGAUACGGACUCGAUUUUUAUUUUGCGACGAAUUUUCAACUCGUCUCGUCGUCAGAUUGCGACGCGAAAUCAUCGCCCAGGCUUCGCGCUGCGUGCUUGGUUUCUCUCUGUUUACGGAAAACAAAGAGGAAAAAGGACGACGUGUUGCAAAAGUGCAGCUGUCAGGGAACAAAUCUGUGUUUUCGAAAUUCGACGUGUUUGUCAGUUGAUUUUUGAUAUUGUUCGGAUAUUAUUUGUUUUCACAAUAAUAUUCAGAUGCGAAUUUACGUAAUAUCGCGCGUACACAGACACGUUCGGGUAAAAAAGUGAGACACGAGAUUCGAAUUCGCGGCACCUAAGUCGCACAGUGGCCGGAUCGCGUUGACGAAGAGACACGCGCGCCCCGAUGAGCGAAUACGUCGGAUUCGGGUGCAGAUAGGGUUGGCAGUUGUGCCUGUUACUUUUGACAUUUCCUAGGAAUGACUUCCGAUAUAUCAGGGAGUCCCUCGUUCGCCGAUCUGUCAAAAAUAUGUGAAUGGUAAAAACCCGCAAGAUUGAUGCCCACGAGUUUGUUCACGGUUGAUCGCACGGUGUCAGGGCCACGUCUCGUCCCGAUUGCAAUCAGAAAAAUUACGAUCCGGCCGAUGCGCGAGGAAGCCCCCUAAGUGAUAAACUCGCGUGAGAGAGAGAAGAGACGUUUUAAUUUCUUUUUUUUUUUUCCAAAUGCGAUCAUGGCACUGCGCAAAGUAAAGGGAAACUUCGAGCGUAUGUUCGACAAGAAUCUGACGGAUCUGGUGCGCGGGAUCAGGAACAACAAGGAGAAUGAGGCGAAGUACAUCGCUCAAUGCAUCGAGGAGAUCAAGCAGGAGCUGCGGCAGGACAAUGUGGCGGUCAAGGCAAACGCUGUGGCCAAGUUAACAUAUCUCCAGAUGUUAGGAUAUGAUAUUAGCUGGGCUGGGUUUAAUAUAAUAGAAGUCAUGUCUUCUGCAAAGUUUACUUACAAGAGAAUUGGCUACCUUGCUGCGAGUCAGAGUUUUCACGCGGAUACAGAGCUACUUAUGCUGACCACAAAUAUGAUUCGUAAAGAUUUAAAUAGUCAGAACCAAUACGAUGCGGGUUUGGCGCUGAGUGGUCUGUCUUGCUUUAUAAGUUCGGACUUAGCGCGCGACCUAGUUCACGACAUAAUGACUUUGCUGACAUCCACAAAACCGUAUCUGCGCAAGAAGGCGGUUUUGAUGAUGUACAAGGUAUUCCUGAGAUUUCCCGAGGCUCUGAGACCAGCGUUUCCUAGAUUGAAAGAAAAACUCGAAGAUCCGGACAGCGGUGUUCAGAGCGCGGCUGUAAAUGUAGUCUGCGAAUUAGCCAGGAAAAAUCCGAAAAAUUAUCUAAGCCUGGCGCCCGUUUUCUUUAAGCUAAUGACGACUUCCACGAAUAAUUGGAUGCUCAUUAAGAUUAUCAAACUGUUUGGAGCAUUGACGCCUCUAGAACCUAGGCUUGGAAAAAAAUUAAUAGAGCCUCUUACCAAUUUGAUACACAGUACAUCCGCAAUGUCGUUACUCUACGAGUGUAUCAAUACGGUAAUAGCCGUAUUGAUUUCUAUAUCGUCCGGCAUGCCGAAUCAUUCCGAUUCGAUACAGCUGUGUGUUCAGAAGUUGAGAAUAUUGAUAGAGGAUUCUGACCAAAAUCUGAAGUAUCUGGGAUUGUUGGCGAUGUCGAAGAUACUGCGGACUCAUCCGAAGAGCGUGCAGGCUCACAAAGAUCUAAUUAUGCAAUGCCUCGACGACAAAGACGAAAGUAUAAGACUGCGUGCCUUGGACUUGUUGUACGGAAUGGUUUCUAAGAAGAAUCUAAUGGAGAUAGUUAAGAAGUUAAUGGUGCACAUGGACAAAGCCGAAGGCACUACGUAUCGCGACGAAUUGCUUUCAAAGAUUAUACAAAUUUGCUCACAGAACAAUUAUCAGUUUAUUACCUAUUUUGAGUGGUACAUAUCUGUAUUGGUGGAACUUACGCGAAUGGAAGGCACCAAGCACGGACCAUUAGUAGCGACUCAAUUACUCGACGUAGCGAUUCGCGUACAAGCUAUACGAAAAUAUGCGGUUCAACAAUGUGCCUUACUGCUUGAGAAUUCAUAUCUUUUGACCGGCCAGCCAAGGGCGACAAUGUCUGAAGUUUUGUACGCCGCGGCAUGGAUCUGCGGAGAAUUCUCUAGUGAACUGGAAGAUCCUUUGGCAACCUUGCAAUCUAUGUUGCGAUCGCAAGCUUCUAGUUUGCCAGGCCAUAUACAGGCUGUUUAUGUUCACAAUAUAUUAAAAUUGGCUGCAACUACUUUUGCUAAAGCGGAAAAGGAAGGUGAUAGCGAAACAAUGGACAAGGUAUUUCAACAUAGUUUAUGUAAUGAUAAUCGAACUUUGAUAUUGUUUUUAACAUUUUUAAAGUUAGUUUAUACAUUGCGCGUUAAAUUGGGUCUUGCUGUACAGAUUUAUGGAUUGAAGGACAAAAUAGAAGCGUUUGUCUGCAGCGGUGAUCUGGAAGUUCAAGAAAGAUCGAGCUCCGCGUUAGUGCUGUUCGAAUUGCUGAAAGAGAAUCCUGGUCUUGCCCAGGAACUAAAAGAGGCUUUCGAAGGUGAACUUAAUCCGGUUGCGCCAAAAGCUCAAAGAAAAGUACCAAUACCUGAGGACUUGGAUCUAGAUUCGUGGAUCAACGAUCCUCCCUCAGAGAGCUCAGAUUCAGAAGACUUAGAUAUGAAUGAUAUUUUUAUUAAGACAGAAAAGCCGAGCGACUUGUACUCCAAGCGAGACUCGAACGAACCGUCGACGGAAGAGCUCGAGAGGAGACGCGAGGCGAGAAAACUAGAACAAGAGAAUAAUCCUCAUUAUCUGAAAGGCUCGUUCAAGACUACCGCGUCAUAUCACAAUUCAUCGAACAUGUACGAAGACUUCGAAAACAUUCCCGUCGCGGAGUUAGACAUACCGAUCUCUCUAAAGAUUUCCAAUUCGCAUAGAUGUCGAAACAGAAGUACAGACAACAAUCAUAAAAGACAUAAAAAGCACGAAAAGAAGAAGAAGUCGAAGAAAAAUAAAAGCAAAAAGUCUGCGUCGGAGGACGAAGAACAGGAUGAUAAAGUACCGGUGCAAGUAGUAAACACCGGUAUAGGAGAACUUCCUCCUGGCGCGGAGAUAAGCGACAGCGACGAUUACGAUGUGGUGGAUGCUAACGAUCCACAUAGAGCUUUGAACAUUGACCUUGACAUGCCUUUGAGAGAAGACGAGAGAUUGCCCGUCUUGGAGCAUAGAGUUAUUGAAAAUAAUAUAACGAAGAAAGUUGAAGAAAAAGAAACCAAAAAGGAAAAAGGACAUAGAAAAUCUAAAAAAAAAGUAAAGGAAGCGGAAAACAAGGUGAACAGUCAGAAAGAGUCGCCCGACUUGUGGUUGGAAACCAAUUCUCCCGAGAAAGUUCAAUCCCCCGCUCUUGGAGGAUAUACGGAGAUGUCCAACGAGUCGCAAAAAGAGAGCAAGCGCAAGAAGUCAAAGAGUCAGAAAGAGGACAAACACAAGAAGUCCACCGAGGAAGACUCGAAACAUCGAAAAUCAAAGAAGUCGAAAAGUAAGAAAGAGAAAAAAUUAUUGGGUUACGAAGAGACUGCGGGAAUAUCCACCCCGUCCAAAGAAAUAUUACCGGAGUUAAAAGACGAUAUUAUUCCGAAUUCCGAGAUCAAUACGAAUUCCGUGCAGCAAAGUGUCGCCUAUGAGGAAUUAGCGAAGAACAAAAUCAUUUCCAUGACGUACGAGUUGAGACAGAUCCCUCAUGACUCGAAUCAAAUUACCGUGUCAAUAAACAUUACGAAUUUAGGUCAGUCGCUCGUGAGGGAAUUUGUUUUCGAUAUUUCGGACACGUUGUCACUUAAAUUACUUAGAAAUCCUGGAGACGAAUUCGGGAUGAAACUGCCGUUUCAACUGCCUCCGCAAUCUAGUAAAGAAACCCAGUUCACAAUUUUAGUCUCGGACGUGACGUUCGCUCAGAAGCUCAGAGGCACACUGACGUACAUGUUCGACGAUAAAGAGGGCACGCAACAAGAAAAGCUCGACUUCACCGCGCACUUGUCGUGCAGCAAGUUCAUGAUCGGUCAUCUCUCUCACAAGGACAUACUCACGGAACUUCUCACAAGCGGUCAAUUAGUAUCUAGGAUUAAGAGAGAAGUGACGCCUUCCCAGGACUUCGACGCGGUUCUCAACGCUAUCUGCCGUAAAUGCAAUCUCACACUCGUAGAACAAAUUAACGACACGGCGUCGCUUUACGGACACUCUUUGAAGGGACAUCAUGUGUGCCUUUUGUUGAAAUAUAACAGAUCGACGGGAAACUUGAUGAUCGAAGGUAAAAGUGACAAUAACUCAUUACUGUCGGGAAUUGUAGACGAAAUACUGAGGAUUCUGACAUAAUGCUGAUUUGAAUGUUCAAAUGUUCUAUAUUUUGCAAUUAUUAACUCCUAUCCUAUCGCAGUUGUACUAAGAUAACACGCGGACGCAUGUGUGUGUGUGUGUAUGUGUGUGUGUGUGUGGUGUGUGAGUGUGUGAAACACUCGCUCGGUGUGUGGUGAGUGAAAACCACUCUACGCUCUUCGACUGUGUCUGUUAUAUAUAUAUAUAUUAAAAAAAAAAAAUUAUACAGCGGCUAUAUAGUGUAUCUGCAGACCCAUUGAAUAUUUUCAGAAAGAAUCUUACCUAAAAAACUAAUUUUACGUGUAAUAUCUAAUAGAUCGUAAAGAGUUUGUUAAUUAUUCAAGAGAUAUAUACAUAUGUAUACACGCAUAUAUAUUGUACACAUGCGCAAUUUAUGUAUACACUGUUGCGCAUGUGUGUAUAAUAUGUACACAUUAAUACAUGUACGUAUAUGUACACAUGUCUGUACUUGUGUGAGGGCGAUAUUGUGAAGGAGAGGAACACGUUGCCAAGAAUUGAAGACACUGGAGUAAAAGUAGAUAGUAUAAUGUUUCUAACAACAAGAAUAUUCAAGAGUCUGGGUACGACACGACUCUGACGAGCGAGUUAAAAAAAAAAAGAAAAAAAAUACGUAGGAUCAUGCGCAGAGUUCAAGAAUAUCGUACCUCGAGGAAGGAGGAUUUAUUCAGUUUUCCGCUCCACAACUCUGUACUCUGUAUUCUGAUAUCUUCCAAAAAAAAAAAACUCUUUUCUCUGUAAAUUACGACACUUUCUUAUGUCUCUCUGUACAUUGUUGCAUUUAAACAGCUACGUGGCGUGUAAGUUAAUUGCUCUCGAAGAUAUAGCUUAUAUAAAUAAAUAUAAAAAAAAAAUAUCCGCGGCUGUGCUUUGCGCGCGGUUCUUUGUACAGUACGGAAAAUAAACGUUACGAAUAUAUAAACAAUCGAAUUCUCGCUACUUUUAUGUUCGAUGCCUUCAAUUUUUGAUCGAAUUGCAAUGGAAUUGCGCUCUCGCUAUACUGUUAAGAUCUUUAUUUUAAUUUUGUAAAAACAAAAAGAUAGAAAAAAAUAUAUUAUACACUGGGCGAGAUGCGCUUGAUUUUUGUAAACAUGAAUUUAACAAACGGUGAGCAUAUUUUGCAUGCAACGCUUCUAAUAAUAUCAAGACGAGAGAAAGAGAGAGAGAGAGAGAGAGAGAAAAAAAAAUUAUGUAAAUUUGAAAUUAAAUAGAUCACGCAUUAUACAAGCACAUGAAACCCCUAUACACAUAAUCAUGUGAAAAAAUCAUGCAUUAAGUUUUGUAUUUUAUUUUGUAUAAUCUUAUGUAUACAUAUUAUAUAUAUAUAUAUAUUUGCUUUUCUUUCUACACUAUUUGAGAGGUUAAAUAUAUUUAAAUAUAUAUUGUUUUCCACAUAGAUUUUUAUUACGUUAACUGUUGUUCGAAUUAACUAAUUAAACUUUUGACUGUCAAAAGUGUGCCAAAAAAAAAAAAAAAAAAUCAUCGCGAGAGAUUCAAGUCAAUUCUCUUUUGUUUCGAAAACAUUUUUAUAUACCUACAUUGAAGUUUUGCGCAACGUAUCGACGUUUUUCGUCGAAACGCACGCGUCUCCUCCGAUUGCAAUUGAAAUAUAUACCAAUUCCCGUAGAUUAUAAAUAAAUUCAAGCAAGAGAAGAAAAAUAAAA